AUGAGGGGCGGUGGCAAGAGAAGAUCAAACGGUGGUGGUUCUGGGAAUAACAAAUCUAGAUCUCCGGUACAGAGCUCGAGAAAGAAUUCUAAUUCCGCGGCGGGAUCUUCGUCCGGUGGUCGUCGCCGACGCACUAAUACGCUGUUUGUAGAAGGAGGGGUUCUCUCGGAUCUCCCUGCUUUUUCGACGCCAUCUCGAGGAGGAGGAGGAGGAAGCUCUUCCGGUAAGGUCUCGAAACCCAGGAGCUCAGAUCGUGCAAAAGCUUCUGCUUCCACGAGUGAUCCCAGGAAAUGCAGUGGCCAUAGCUAUGGGUUUCAGUACCCUUCCGUUCAUUUUGAGGAGGGGUUGGAGCGAGGCGUCGAAGGUGAUCAAAUGGAUGGAUCGAGUCCUAUAGUGCUGGGGAAGUCAGGGUCGACACAAAUCGUUGCAUUUCUGGAUCAAACGCCGUCUUCAUCGAAAGAGGUUAAGGUAAAUUACGAUUACGAAUACGAACAGAGCUUUGUUCUGGGUGAUGAUUCUCAUAGAGGGUUAGGAUUUUGUGAUGAUUCUGAUGCUGCACCAAGUGGUGGCCUGAAAGCUGGUGAAGAGGCUGCUGCUGCUGCAACUGAAGAUGAAGCGAUGCCUGAUGUUAAGAAACCAUCGAAGAGGAAUGCAGGUUACAUCUCUGUAGGAGGGAUGAAAUUGUACACUGAAGACAUAUCUGGUGAAGAGAGUGGCGACGAAGAAGGCUUGAAUGGUGAAGAUGAUGGCAGCUCAGGUGAAGAGACUGAAUCAUCUGAGAGCGAUUACUCGGAAGACAUGUUUGGGAUUGAUUCCGAGAUUGAUGACGAAGUUGCAAAGGAUUACUUGGAAGGUAUUGGAGGCAGCGAGAUUAUGUUGGAUGCUCAUUGGUUAGCAGAAGAGUCGUUGGAUAAAUUGGAUUUGUCAGGCAGUAGUAGUGACAGUUCUUCAAGUGAUUCUUCUGAUGAGAAGAAGAAGAAGACAGGGAAGUUGAGUGGUUUUUCUCUGCAGAAAGCAUCAAUGGAUUAUGGGAAGAAGAAGUUUACAAGAAGUCGUUCCUCGGGGCAUGGUACGGAUCCUCAUCCAAUGGCAAUGGAUGAUCUUAUGUUUGUGAAGGAUCCGAGAAGUCUUUCGGGGAGGAAGAAUAAGAAGAAACAGGAGACUAAGUUUCCACAGUCUUGGCCUUCAGGAGCACAUAAGAGCAAGAACUCACGCAAUUUCCCUGGUGAGAAGAAGAAGCACCGCAAAGAGUAUAUCGCUGUGAAGCGUCGUGAGAGGAUGUUGCAGCGUGGUGUUGAUCUCGCUGAGAUAAACUAUAAACUGGAGAGGUUUGUUCUGGAGAAUGUGGACAUGCACUGUUUCCAGCGUAUGCAUAAUCGAGAUUGCUCUCAGGUAAGAAGAUUAGCAGAUGUAUACCGCUUAUCAAGUAGCUGCACUGGUUCUGGAAAGAAGAGCUUUGUGACGGUGACACGAACAUAUCAGACGUGUUUGCCAUCCGCGAGCGAUAAACUUCGCAUUGAGAAGCUUAUAGGAGGUGGAGAUGAGGAAGAUGAUUUCGCUGUCAGCAGCGGAGGAAGGGGAAAGGUGAAAUCUGGUGGCAGUUUAGAUAGGAAGAAAGUAAAAGACUCAGCGAAAAAGCGAAUGAGUAGAGAAGAACGGGAGAGAAACAAAAGCAGCGGGAAGAAGAGUUCGUUAGCUGAGCAACCUGUAUCGUUUGUGUCAAGUGGUGUAAUCGAUUCUGAGAUCGCUGUUGCAAAGACCUCUUUUGAUGUCAACGACGCUAAGCAGGUUGGUGAAACUACUCCAGGAGCCUCUAAUGGAGCUGAUAUUGGAGCGUUUGAGGUACACACGAGAGGGUUUGGAUCGAAAAUGAUGGCAAAGAUGGGAUUCAUAGAAGGAAGCGGUCUAGGAAAGGAUGGUAAGGGGAUUGCACAGCCGAUAGAAGCUGUUCAGCGUCCGAAAUCUCUUGGGUUAGGUCUUGAUUUCCCGGCGGGGACGGAAGAUCCGAGUCCAUCAAGCAGUAACGCUAAAAGGAACAGAUCUUCUUCCGCUGGGAAACAUGAGAAACGCAUCUCGCGUGACAAUGGUGGUGGUGGCUCUGGUUCAGCAAGAAUUGUAGACAAAAGAUUGGGAGCCUUUGAGCAGCACACAAGAGGUUUUGGUUCGAGGAUGAUGGCGAGAAUGGGUUUUGUUGAUGGCUCGGGUUUGGGAAGAGAAUCACAAGGCAUUCUCAAUCCGCUGGUCGCUACCAGACGUCCUAAAGCACGUGGACUAGGCGCUGAAGGCUAA